AUGGUUAACCUUUCGUUAUAUUCCGUUCAAGCUGUGCUAAUCUUGGACAAUGAGGGGAAAAGAAUUUACACUAAAUAUUAUUAUCCGCCUCAUGAGCCUAAGGAGGAUUCAAUUUGCUCGAAUGUGAAAAAGCAGAAGGAGUUUGAGACUAGCCUAUUUAAAAGAACACACAAGCAGGAUGCGAGCAUAUUGGUAUACGAGGAUCACCUAGUGCUGUAUGAGGAGUGUUCGGAUGUCUCAUUAUAUUUGAUAGGUUCGUUGCAGGAAAACGAGAUUGUCCUACAUGAUACGUUAAAUGCGAUCAGGCUAGCUAUUAAGCUUGUUCUGAAUACUGAUAUAGACAAGAGGGAUAUCCAGGAAAACUAUGAUAUAGUUUGUCUUGUAGUAGAUGAAACUAUAGAUGAUGGGAUAAUUUUGGAGACGGAUCCUCAAACCAUUGCUUCAAGGGUUACAAAGCUUCCAACUAAGGAUGUUUCAGUUUCUAUCGAUCUUUCAGAGAAGGGUCUACUGAGUGCAUGGGGGUUUGCAAAGAGUAAGUUGGCUGAGAAGCUGCAGCAAGGUUUGUGA